UUCGUCAAAAUCAGAAUCUUUCAGUCCAUCGCAAAUUAGUCCGGUUUCUGUGAAAAGCUCAACGAUGUCGGACGAUAGUGGUAUCGCUGACGGACAAACGAAUUCGGAAAAAAAAGUACAGAAUAUGCAAUUAAAAGGUAAAAAAAGUGUUGAAAACGUGAAACAAAAUGGAUCACCAGAUGUAAAUCAAAAUGGGCUGCCGGCUGGUGGUAGCGGUAUCAACGCUGUAUUGUUACAGUUGGAACAACUGAUUAUCUCCGAUGAAUGGAUUAGCAACGAUCAAAAUGAUCAACAAAAUUCACAUGCAAAACAAAUACGGGACCAUAGCGAGAGGCCUCGACUAAAUGAACUUGGACGUACCAUUGUGACAUCAGCAUCGUUGAAGGCAUAUAUCAGCUUAUUAGGAACGCAUCAUAAACAGAGUAUUGCUGCUUGGCUGUACGGCAAUACUUCACAGGCACUCUGCAAUCAACUGAGAUUUUCAAACGGAAAUUUGCGAUGCUUCGAAAGCGGUUACUCAACUGUACACGCGAUCAAAAACGGAAUUGGUCUAGCAGUUCGUUUAGCAUUACGUGACGUUUAUGGUCCAGAAUAUGCAAAUCGAGGGUGGCGAGCAUUUACGGAAUUGGGCGCUCCAGUCGUCUACGUAUCUCCAGCACUUCGGAUCGAUCUAGUUCCAUUUCUUUCCAGUGAAUAUGGUAUUUCGGACGUUGUCGUACUUCCAAAAUUGCCCGGAGAUUAUGUGGGUAUCGAAGGCCGUAUUGACUACAAAUUAUUUGAAAAGCGAAUAAAUGAAGACAUUGAAAAGGGUAAUAAGCCGUUAAUGGUGAUUGGUGUAGUUGGUUCAACAAUUUUGGCACAAAAUGAUAUGAUUAGCAGAUUGUUGGAAAUUCGUAAAGACAAGUUUCGUUUCUGGCUGCACGUCGUUGGUCAGGGUAUAGCGGCGCUACUUACUCGGGAACCAAACGAAGUUUUAGUUCAAGUUUUAUCUCAAGUAGACAGUAUGUCAAUUCCUCUUGCUCAGUGGCUUGGUAUUCCGGCAGCUCCUGGAAUUAUGCUACACAGACCCGUAGAAGACCAAAAACUUAAUUUCAAGGAGAAGUUGGAUGUUCUACCUUGGUGGAUUGCUACGCAGUAUCUAACUACAAAAAUGAUAACAGAUAUAAUCGAAAAUGCGUUUUAUCUGUGUAAAAUGAUGCUCAAAGGUCUUUCUUCUUUUCCGCAAAUUCAAAUUAUGGGUAUUGAUAAUCCCGUGGACUUUGUUAACAAAGUUUACAAAGGUCGAACUAUGCCACCGACGUCAUUGGUUUUCAAUUAUCGGCAUCUCCAGAUGCAUCAAGCUGAUGAGAUUCCAUCGGCGCGACGUAACUCUAAAGAUACGAAACCGGAAGCCGAAAGAAGUGUGUCGCUUCCAGCUGAUUUUAGUAAUGAGAAUCGCCACGAUGAAGAAGGUGUAGAGGAAUAUGCUCGAGCACUAAAUUGCUGGAUGUGUCAAGGCCUCUUGCAAAGCUGUCGUCAGCUUGGUCUGCAGGUGGUUGAACUUGGUGAACAACAUGGAGUAGCAUUUAGGUUUUCUCCUCUAGAAACUGCAGCCAUUAACUCAACCACGGUAAAUAAUAUUCAAGAUUUUGUGAAGGAGCUGUCUAAUACUAUCAAAAUAAUAGAGUCUACAGCUGCGGCUCGUAAACGAUUUGUUGAUAUUGUAACAGAACAGCCAUCUCUGAUGGUUAUGCAUAUCAAAAAAUGGGCCGGUGUUGGAGCUGUAUGUUUUAUUCCAUCAAUUGUUAAGGGAACGAACCCGUCGGAGUGGUAUGAGCAACAGCGGCAGCAAGUAUCGCAGUUGAAUAUUGAAUUGGUGCACUCACUUCGUUCGGUUGAUUCUGCAUUUUCUUUAGGCGAAAGUUCUAAAUAUGGUGUUUCAUGUGUUAAAUUUGGUAUGCUGUCCGAUGAAAAGGAUCUUGACUAUCUGCUUCGGCUAGUCUCAGAAAGAGGGCAAGAAAUUGAAAAAUCACAGCAAUAUAUGAACAGUUUGGCAGAAAUGAUUCGACAGGGCAUAGAAGCAGCAAACGAAGAUCUGAAAAAAGAGAAUGACGCGCGACUGAUGCAAGAGGGCGUUGUGCGACAAAUACCGCUUAUGGGCUCACUUUUCAAUUGGUUAUCGCCACUUGACAAAAGCACUCAAAAUUUGAAAGGAAGAUCAUUUGAUUUAAAAACAGGCCAGAUUCAGUCGACUGAAGUGUUUUACAAAAAUCGCCUCAAUAAGGCCGAUAAAGUUUCUGAUGAACAGUCAGAGAACAGUAAAGUUCCUGAGAAUGAAGACUCUGAGCCUGCUAAAACAGAUGCACAGUUGGUAGCAUCAGAAGAAGAGUCUGCAACUAGUUAAGA